AUCUACUUACAAAGUUUCUGAAUAUUUGGAAAUCGAUAAAAACUUGCUGCCCCCUUAUUUUACAAUAAUAUAUUCAUAGAAUUUAGAAGUGACAAACCAAAUGAAAAUAAAGCUUAUACAGGGAAAAAUCAAGUUCUUUUAGGAACACAGUGUUCCUAAAAGUGGAACAUUUCCGAACACUCGAUGAUAUUCAAACUUAUUCAAAUUUAAGGUAUCUGUUAUGUGUAGCGUCAGUAGUCAUUCAAUAUUUUAUUUUUAUAAGAAUUUAUAAUUUAUCAUCAGUUCUAUGAAUUUUGUGACAAAUGGAAAAUAAGGAUCUUUCAAAUGAACUACAAUCAUUAGAAGAACUGCACAGCAUAUUGCAACAAUAUUACAGAUUGUUACAAUUAAUGAGAGCUGAUCUGGAAAAAAUAAUGAGCAACUUCACCACGUUAAACGGCCUGGAGAAUAAAAAAAAUAGCCAAACAAAAAUGAUUCUUCAAUAACAGAUGUACGUACCUAAAAUAUAUUUAAACUUUUAUUGUGUACGAAUCUAAUUAUAAUUAUAAAAUGGCAACUGACAUUGAUAAAAAUGAGAAAGAAUUAUCAAAUGAUCCAUUGCUUGGAAGCUCUUCAUCUUUGUUACGAAGAAAAUCCAUGUUGUUGCGAAAUGUAUCUGUUUUAUCAGAAAAUAAUGAUGAAGAAGAACGUUUGGCUAGACGCCUUGAUAUUAAUGUGGUAACAAAAACAUCUACAAAUGAUAAAAGACGAUCUUUAGGGCUUAGUUUCUUAACACAUAUGUCACCACCAGAAAUAUCUAAUCGCAUAACAGAAUGUAUAAAACUCAGUACCGAAAAUAAGAUUAAUAUCAAAAAUGCAUUUAAUCUUGAAAUGAUUGAUUUUAUGACGUAUAUGAUUAAGAAGAAAGACGAUAAUAUGUGCAAUUUACAAGUGGCUAGUACAUCCUUAGAUGUAAGUACUAAAAUCUAUGGGUAUCGUGUAGACGGUGUACAUACUGAAAUAUUGAAAUUAAUUGGUGGAUUAGACAAACAAGAAGAUGAUGCUGGAUCAAAUGAUAAUCAGGAGAAUGAUUCAAUUGAUCCAGAACAUCAAUUAAAGGGUUCAAAAAAUCAAAAAAAGCAGAAGAAAAAAAGUAAGAAACAAAUUUUAAGUUCUGUUGAAAGCCUAAAGGGAAGUAUUGAAAUAUUGAAACCUACACCAUGGUUGAUGGGAGAUGAUGAUACGCAAACUGCAGACACUUUGUAUCAAGUAGCUUUGCCAAAUCAUGCAAAUUCUAGAUUUAAUUUACAUUUAUACAAUGACGUUAUUGUUGAUGCUGUAGAAAAUACAAAAGACAUUAAAAAAGAUGAAGCAACUGUUAUAAAAGUAAAUGUAUCUGGAUUAAUAAUAUGUCCACCAAUGGAAGAAUUUGAAUUUCUUAAUUGGAUUGAUGACAAUGAAAAAGAAGAAAAUGAAAUCCAAGAGAAUAGAGAGACCGAAAAUAAGUUUCAGUUCGAUUUGGAUGCCAGUUUACCAUCUGAAGAUGAAGUAAUUCAAACUAGCAUAAAUCUUCUUGAUAUCGACGACGAUGAAGAGAAUGUAGAAAAACAUGUUCAAAAAGAAGUAGAAAAGAUCGUAGAUUUUCGUAAAGUGGUAACUAACACUGAAUUAACAAAAACAUCUGAAUAUUCUUUUAUUCAUAGAAAUAUGAAUAUUCAUUGGGCUGGUCCAUCUCAUUGGAAGAUAAAUAACUUUAAAAAACCUGUCACAGGAAGCAAAAUUAUAGAAGCAUGUCCUCAAGGACAGGGUAGAAAGAAAAAAGAAAUAGAGUUAUGUUAUGAUGAUGAUGCAAAGAAAGCUGUAAUGCCAAAAUUUGUAUUGAAUCGCUCGGGAAGAAUAGAGAUCAGAUCCACUGAAAGUGAAUGGCAAGAAGCAAUGGUUACAUUACCAAGAGAUGUUCAUUACAAAAUUGCAAGUACUGCUAAGUUGUAUCUUCAUGAAUUAAUAACCAUAAGUUCAGAAAACAAAGAUAAUUUGGACACUACUCAAGUAUUUGACAACAUUGACAUUUAUAAUUAUGACAAUGAAAAUGAUACAUCAAAUUACUGUCCCAAUGUUCCAGUUGAAGAUUAUGAAGUAAAUGAAAACAACGUUGACAGCGAUACCGUUAACGAGAAUUUCGCAGGAGAUAAUUUGGUUGCUAUUCCCAAAUUAACAAAUAAAAUAUCUAUUGCAUAUAGUGUUCGUGCAAAGAAAGUUGAUAUGCGACAAUUAAAGAAGUCUAUUUGGAAAUGCCUGAUUUCAUCUAAUGAUACAGAAACUAUAAACAUAAAGGAAAUGGUGGAACAAGAAACUGCAAAUACGAUAAAAGAAGACAAACCUUUUAGUCAAGUUUAUAAAGAAUUGCCAAAUUUAUUAAUAAAGACCAAUGUAGAUGCAUUGAGUUUUCCUAUUUCCUUUGUAUCCUUGUUACAUUUAGCAAAUGAAAAAACUUUAAGUAUACAAUCUCUUCCAGAUAUGUCUGACAUCAUUGUAGCUGCAAAUUAAAUCUAUCAAAAUUGUAAUUAUAGAAAAUUGUAAAAUAAAUACUUGUAAUAUAAUAAAAAAAUAUUUCAUACAU